AUGUGGGCCACUGGAGGAGAGGGGGGAACCCUGUGGGCCACUGGAGGAGAGGGGUGGGACCAUGUGGGCCCCUGGAGGAGAGGGGUGGAACCCUGUGGGCCCCUGGAGGAGAGGGGUGGGAACCAUGUGGGCCACUGGAGGAGAGGGGUGGAACCCUGUGGGCCCCUGGAGGAGAGGGGUGGGAACCAUGUGGGCCACUGGAGGAGAGGGGUGGGAACCAUGUGGGCCACUGGAGGAGAGAGGGGGAACCCUGUGGACCCCUGGAGGAGAGGGGUGGAACCCUGUGGGCCACUGGUGGAGAGGGUUGGAACCCUGUGGGCCCUGGAGGAGAGGGGUGGGAACCAUGUGGGCCCCUGGAGGAGAGGGGUGGGAACCAUGUGGGCCACUGGAGGAGAGGGGUGGAAACCCUGUGGGCCCCUGGAGGAGAAGGGUGGGAACCAUGUGGGCCACUGGAGGAGAUGGGGGGAACCAUGUGGGCCCAUGGAGGAGAGGGGGGGAACCCUGUGGGCCCCUGGAGGAGAGGGGUGGGAACCAUGUGGGCCACUGGAGGAGAGGGUGGAACCCUGUGGGCCCCUGGAGGAGAGGGGUGGGAACCAUGUGGGCCACUGGAGGAGAGGGGUGGGAACCAUGUGGGCCACUGGAGGAGAGGGGGGGAACCCUGUGGACCCCUGGAGGAGAGGGUGGAACCCUGUGGGCCACUGGUGGAGAGGGUUGGAACCCUGUGGGCCCCUGGAGGAGAGGGGUGGGAACCAUGUGGGCCACUGGAGGAGAGGGGUGGAAACCCUGUGGGCCCCUGGAGGAGAAGGGUGGGAACCAUGUGGGCCACUGGAGGAGAUGGGGGGAACCAUGUGGGCCCAUGGAGGAGAGGGGGAACCCUGUGGGCCCCUGGAGGAGAGGGGUGGGAACCAUGUGGGCCACUGGAGGAGAUGGGGGGAACCAUGUGUGCCACUGGAGGAGAGGGGGAACCAUGUGGGCCCAUGGAGGAGAGGGGGGGAACCAUGUGGGCCACUGGAGGAGAUGGGGGGAACCAUGUGGGCCCAUGGAGGAGAGGGGGGGAACCCUGUGGGCCCCUGGAGGAGAGGGGUGGGAACCAUGUGGGCCAAGAAGGGUGGGAGAAGGGUGGGAACCAUGUGGGCCACUGGAGGAGAUGGGGGGAACCAUGUGGGCCCAUGGAGGAGAGGGGUGGGAACCAUGUGGGCCCCUGGAGGAGAUGGGGGGAACCAUGUGGGCCACUGGAGGAGAGGGGGGAACCCUGUGGGCCACUGGAGGAGAGGGGUGGGACCAUGUGGGCCCCUGGAGGAGAGGGGUGGAACCCUGUGGGCCCCUGGAGGAGAGGGGUGGGAACCAUGUGGGCCACUGGAGGAGAGGGGUGGAACCCUUUGGGCCCCUGGAGGAGAGGGGUGGGAACCAUGUGGGCCACUGGAGGAGAGGGGUGGGAACCAUGUGGGCCACUGGAGGAGAGGGGGGAACCCUGUGGACCCCUGGAGGAGAGGGGUGGAACCCUGUGGGCCACUGGUGGAGAGGGUUGGAACCCUGUGGGCCCCUGGAGGAGAGGGGUGGGAACCAUGUGGGCCCCUGGAGGAGAGGGGUGGGAACCAUGUGGGCCACUGGAGGAGAGGGGUGGAAACCCUGUGGGCCCCUGGAGGAGAAGGGUGGGAACCAUGUGGGCCACUGGAGGAGAUGGGGGGAACCAUGUGGGCCCAUGGAGGAGAGGGGGGGAACCCUGUGGGCCCCUGGAGGAGAGGGGUGGGAACCAUGUGGGCCACUGGAGGAGAUGGGGGGAACCAUGUGGGCCACUGGAGGAGAGGGGGAACCCUGUGGGCCACUGGAGUAGAGGGGUGGAAACCCUGUGGGCCCCUGGAGGAGAGGGGUGGGAACCCUGUGGGCCCCUGGAGGAGAGGGGUGGAAACCCUGUGGGCCCCUGGAGGAGAGGGGUGGGAACCAUGUGGGCCACUGGAGGAGAGGGGUGGAAACCCUGUGGGCCCCUGGAGGAGAGGGGUGGAAACCCUGUGGGCCCCUGGAGGAGAGGGGUGGGAACCAUGUGGGCCACUGGAGGAGAGGGGUGGAAACCCUGUGGGCCCCUGGAGGAGAGGGGUGGGAACCCUGUGGGCCCCUGGAGGAGAGGGGUGGGAACCCUGUGGGCCCCUGGAGGAGAGGGGUGGGAACCCUGUGGGCCCCUGGAGGAGAGGGGUGGAAACCCUGUGGGCCCCUGGAGGAGAGGGGUGGGAACCCUGUGGGCCCCUGGAGGAGAGGGACGGGAACCCUGUGGGCCCCUGGAGGAGAGGGGUGGAAACCCUGUGGGCCCCUGGAGGAGGGGGUGGGAACCCUGUGGCUUGA